AAAAAAUGUUACAAUUUUGAGACAGCUGCUGCUGUGUGCUAUUCAAAAUAUGAGUUCCAACUGAAUACAAUUUUAUAAUUUUACAACCAUGUCCGAAAUCAAAACUGAAACUGAGAGCUUGACAUCGCGUUUGGGCAAUUGUGAAGUUUGUGCUAAGAAUGCGGCACGUUAUGCUUGCCCCAAAUGUGAGGUAAAAACGUGUUCACUAACCUGCGUGCAAAUCCACAAGCGUGAACUCGACUGCGAUGGCAUCAGGGAUCGCACCAAAUAUUUGCCGCUCAGCGCGAUGACGGAACGCGACUUCAUGAGCGACUAUUGCUUCCUGGAGGAGUGCACACGCUAUGCGGACACCAGGAAGCAGGACAAGAGCAAACGCUAUACGCAUCAACAGUGCCAGCUCCCGGUUCCCUUGCAUCGCAUGCGCUCCGAGGCGGCCAAGCGUCGCAUCCGUCUUCAGUUCCUUUUACCGCACUUCACACGUCGCAAACAGAACACGACGUUCCUCAACUGGAAGCAGCAGCGUUUCUAUUGGCACAUUGAAUGGAUGUUUUGCGGCACCGAAGCGGGCGUCACGUGCUUUUCGGACGCACGUUGCGACGAGCAGCAAACACUGAGCCAACUGCUGGACAAGUAUCUGAAUCUCGAGGAUCAGGAAGUGGCACGAGAGCAGCGCAAACAUUUGCAACAACAUCAGAUCGCUGGCAUUGGCCAGCUAACGCUUUGGCUGCGAGCCGAGGGCGUGCGACGAAGUAGCUCCCGUUGCUAUGCGUUGGCAGCCCACAAAACGUUGGCCGAGAAUCUGGUGGGCAAGACGAUUGUCGAGUUUCCCAGCAUCUAUGUCAGCUACGAGCAGCGUCCGCCCAACGGCUACGAAAUUGUAGACAGUGAUGAGGAGGAGGAGGAGUCUGUAGCAGCACCGCCAGUAGCCGCCUCGAAGCGCCCCCAAGACGAAGCAUCAGCUGCCAAGAAGUGCAAAGUGUCAAACAACGUUUACGGCUUAGCUGCAGACGAGCAGCACACCGAUGACGAUGAUGAUGAGGAGGAUCAGGAUCAGGAACGGCAUGAGGAGAGCGAGAAUGAAUCUGCGGAAUCGGCAGCGAGCAGCGAUGAGCUGCCCAUUGAAUACACUAGUGCAUUCUAGACUUGCUUUAAAUUAGUUUUAACAAGCUGUAGUUAUAUAGUCCAAAGUGUCCUGAAGAAGAUGCUGAACAGACAGGCACGCGACGACCCUUCAAAUAGUAAAUAAGCAUUGCGUAGUCUUAAGUUUAGAGUUGUAAUUAAAAGUGCUAAAAACUGUGAAACGGAUUUAACAGCACACUAAAGCCCAUUCACCUUGUAAUAAAUAACUAAUUUAAGCAAAAGAAUG